AUGCGUUGCUUCGGGGGUCUUCAACUCAUAUUCCUUCUCUCCUUGACACAGUGCAUCACAGUAUCUUCAUUACCACAAGGACAAGGGUUCUCCAGACCAACACCGACAAGUGUCGAAAACCUCGCCAGCGAACUUUUAAGUGCCGCCAGUGCCUUUCAGUCUUCCACAGUCGCGAACGGGAAUGGAGGCGGUAGCUCUAAUACACAGGCGACAGCUACUGGGUCGUCUGUAGGAACCGGGACAGGAACCGGAGCAUCGACAGCGACUCGAACAUCCAAUGCUUCGGCUGGACAGUCAACAGCAACAGGAACGGCGACAGGAACAGCAGCGGCUGACAGGACGGGAACAGCAGGUGCCGCUUCUGUAACAGGUUCAGCAUCCAAUUCGCAAGGCACUGCUGGAACCGCUUCGGGAGCGACUGCCACAACAAACUCGUCCGGCGCAACGACUGCGAGUAACUCGGCCUCGCCUGCGAACACAGGCGGCGCAUCGUCCAACGACGAUCCAGAUUCGACCUCGGGUGGUGGUGGUUCAACCGGUGACGGCUCAAGUGAUGCCGGCGACGGCGGAGGGUCAGGGUCAGGCUCCGCUGCCGACACGCAGAACAAAGGCUCUAGCAACGGCGGCCUAUCGAGAGGGGAGCUUGCCGCCGUGGUCAUACUACCAAUUCUAGCCGCAUUCGCCAUCUUCUUCCUCUUAUUCCGAUACUAUCGCCAAAUACGAGAACGCUUCAACGAUUGGCGGGCGACACGCAAUGAACGAGGCGCCUAUCGUCGCGCACUCGACGAUCCGGUCGGUAUCUUCGCCAUCAAACAUCGCCGACACUCCACGGGCCUCAGCUUGCCGGACAUGCAAUCCAUCAUGCGCCCGUUGUCGUUUGGAUUCUCCCACCCCCAACGACAAACCAUCAAACGCAAACCACUGAAUUACGACGCCAGCAGGAUCAACGACGGCGGCUUCAGCUCCAUAGGCAUGGCGAUACCGAACUCCACGACCGAGAGGAAUGGCGAGGGCGGUGGUGAUGGCGAAGCUGGCCAUCAACGGAAUGAGUCUGAAGUCUCGGCCCUCACGCAUGCCACCGCCAAUGCCAACGGAGCUGCCAUCGUUGGUGGGCGACCGAGAACAGACAGUAGCAGCUCGUCUUUCAGCUCUGUCUCAUCGACCUCUUCGCAAGAAGAAAGUACGGGUUUCGUCGACGCCAGGACAUCUCAGCGUGCCAGUCAAAUCACUUCUUGA